GGUCCAAGGGGGGAAAAAACCAGACCUGUGUGGUGUGUAGAGAACCGCCACCUGCCCACCUCGCCGCGGCGUCCGAGAGAAGAGAGAAGGGAAGGGGGAAAAAAAAUGCUCGCUAGAACCGUCGCCGGUCGCGCCGGCCCCCGCCUCGCGCCGCCCCUCGCGGGCCUCCUCCGCCGCGGCUACGCGGCCCCCACCUCCUCCGCCGCGGCCGCCGACGACCUCGUCAUCGACGAGGACCCGCCGCGCGCCUCCUCGCCGUCCGCCGCUACCGCAACAGCCACCGUGGCGGCCACCAUGCCGACCGUCCUGCAGCCGCGCGUGCUCAUCUACGACGGCGUUUGCCACCUCUGCCACCGCGGGGUGAAGUGGGUGAUCAGGGCGGACAAGCACGCCAAGAUCAAGUUCUGCUGCGUGCAGUCCAAGGCCGCGGAGCCGUACCUGAGGCUGGUUGGCAUGGACCGAGAGGACGUCCUGCGGCGUGUGCUCUUCGUCGAGGGGCCCGAGGCCUACUACGAGGGCUCUACGGCUGCACUGAAAGUUGCAUCAUACCUGCCUCUUCCCUACUCAGCCCUGAGCUCCUUGCUGAUUGCCCCCACUCCACUGCGUGAUUCAAUCUAUGAUUACAUCGCAAAGAACCGCUAUGACUGGUUUGGCAAAGAUGAUGAGUGCAUUGCUACCAAGGACAAGGACAUUCUUGAACGCUUCAUCGACAGGGAGGAAAUUCUUGGUGGUGGUCCCAGCAAUAGCUUCUUUUGAUCACAUCUUUGCCUGUGCCGUUGCUGACCUUUACUGUAGGGAAGAGAUGUAAAUAAUCUUCACGUCCAUCUAGAUACUCAGUGGCUAGUUUUCAUGACUCAUGGAACUUGGGAUCCACUCUGUUUAGUCAUUAACAAUGAUGCAGCAUACACACCUGCAAGGUUUGUCAGGUCAGGUGUAUUCCAUUUUGAUAACUAGGUGAAGUCAACAGGGGAUAGAAUUUUGAAUUAUGGAUUGGUAUGAAAGUUUCAAGUGCCUUGAUAUGACAUUAUCUGUGUUACUACAUCUGCUGUCUCGUAUAUGACAUUUCAGUCUAAAUAGCUGCAUGCCACAUUA